UCGGUACGAGUCCGGGCUGGAAGGGGGGUGGAGCGGAGCCGAGCCGAGCCACCGCUGCCUCCGCCGCCGCCGCUGUCUCUGAGGCGCCUGCCGCGAGCGGGGCUGGGGGCUGGGAGCUGGGCCGGGCUCGCAGCAGAUCCCUACUUGGCUCUGAGUUUAAAGCUUUUUUCUGUGUAACUGGGUUCAAGAGAAAUCUUUGAGCUGGAAUCCCUCAAAUAACCUUCAAAGAUGAAGGCAGCAGAUGAGCCUGCCUACCUGACAGUGGGAACUGAUGUCAGUGCCAAGUACCGUGGUGCCUUUUGUGAGGCAAAGAUUAAGACAGUGAAACGGCUGGUGAAAGUCAAGGUGAUCCUGAAACAGGAUAACUCAGCUCAGUUAGUGCAAGACGACCAAGUAAAAGGACCUUUAAGAGUUGGUGCAAUGGUUGAAACCAAGAUGCCUGAUGGAUCCUUUCAAGAAGCUGUUAUCAACAAAUUGACAGAUGCCAGCUGGUAUACUGUAGUUUUUGAUGAUGGAGAUGAGAGGACGUUGAGACGAACUUCAUUGUGCUUGAAGGGGGAAAGGCACUUUGCAGAAAGUGAGACACUUGACCAACUGCCACUAACAAAUCCAGAGCACUUUGGAACUCCAGUAAUUGGGAAGAAAUCCAACAGAGGAAGAAGAUCUUCUCUUCCUGUCACUGAAGAUGAAAAAGAGGAAGAAAGUAGUGAAGAGGAAGAGGAAGAUAAGAGACGUCUUAAUGAUGAAUUGCUUGGCAAAGUUGUCAGUGUAAUUUUUUGUUCGGAGAAGACUGACUGGUAUCCGGCUUUGGUAAUAUCUCCUAGCUGUAACGAUGACAUCACAGUGAAAAAGGACCAGUGUUUAGUUCGAUCUUUUGCAGAUUCCAAAUUUUAUUCAAUAGCAAGAAAGGACAUCAAAGAACUAGAUGUAAACCUAUCAAAAUCUGAUCUGUCUGCUAAAAAAGGGUUACAGGAAGCAAGCACUUUCUUAAACACAAAAGCUGUUCCUGAUAACUGGAAAAUGGAUAUGAGUGAAAUUCUGGAGUCCUCCAGCAGUGAUGAGGAAGAUGGAGCUGCUGCAGAGAGUGAUGAAGAGGAAGACAAAGUGGAAGAAAAGGAGGAAGAAGUAGUGCCUGAGGAAGAGCUUGAUCCUGAAGAGAGGGACAGCUUCCUCCAACAGCUUUACAAGUUUAUGGAAGACAGAGGUACUCCUAUCAAUAAACCUCCUGUUCUGGGCUACAAGGAUCUUAACCUCUUCAAACUUUUUAGACUUGUGUAUCAACAGGGUGGGUGUGAUAAUAUUGACAGCGGUGCUGUAUGGAAGCAAAUUUAUAUGGACCUUGGCAUUCCUAUUUUGAACUCAGCUGCUUCCUACAAUGUAAAAACUGCUUAUAGAAAGUAUCUUUAUGGUUUUGAAGAAUACUGCCGCUCUGCAAACAUUCAGUUUAGGACCAUCCAUCAUAAUGAACCAAAAGUGGUAGAAGACAUUCAGAAACAAGAAGAACCAAUGGAGGAAAGUGUAAAAGAGGAGCAAGAAAUGCUUCCAGCAGAAGUAAAAAAUGAAGUAGAAGAAAAUGAUUCCAGCAGCGAAAGUGAAAAAGAGGAAAUAGAAUUAAGAUCCCCGAGAGGACGGAGGAGACUUGCUCGCGAUGCAAUAACUACUAAAAAAGAAACUGAAGAGGAUAAAAUGCAGGACAAAUUAAAAGAUAGCAACAAAGAAAAUAAAGAUGUAGAGGAAACACUUGAGAAUGCAGAGAAGAAAGAAAAUGAGACACCACUCGGGAGAAAGAACACACCAAAGCAAAAAGAGAAGAAAAUGAAAAAACAAGAGGAAUCUGAUAAAGAAUCUGAUGAAGAGGAAGAGAGAAGGCAAGAGAGGGAGGAAAUUGAAAACAAAGGAGAAUCAGAAGGGGAGGAAGAUGAGGAGGACACAGAGCCCUGUCUAACGGGAACCAAAGUGAAAGUAAAAUAUGGACGUGGAAAAACUCAGAAAAUUUAUGAAGCCAGUAUUAAAAGCACAGAAAUUGAUGAUGGAGAGGUUUUAUAUUUAGUACAUUACUAUGGCUGGAAUGUAAGAUACGAUGAAUGGGUGAAAGCUGAUCGGAUUAUCUGGCCUUUGGACAAAGGAGGACCAAAGAGAAAACAAAAGAAAAAAGCAAAAAGUAAAGAAGACCAGGAAAAGGAUGAAAAGAAGGAUGAGGAGAAACAGAAAUCAAAACGUGGCCGCCCCCCUCUGAAAUCUACUCUUCUGUCAAACAUGUCUUGCAGUUUAUCCAAAACACCUAAUAGUGAAGGUAAAGCAGGAGCCAGAAGUACACGGAGCAAUAUGUCAGAUUGCUCAUCAUUACCAAAUGGAACAGAAGGAACACCUCGCAGGCAGACGAGACGUAGCUCAGGAAUGUUUGAUUCUGAUAGAGGAUCAAACGAUUCUGGUUCAUCUGACAGUGAAGCUGAUGAGACUUCUGAAAAGAGUAUGAAUGAAGAAUUUUCUGCAGAAAUUUCAGAUAUGGAAAAAAAUGAAAAACUAAUUGAUGAGAAACCCACUGAAGAAAACCCAAAGAUCCCACAUGUAUUGAUGAAAGAAAAUGACAGGACUCAAGUGCAGCCUCUAGAAACUUUAAAACUGGAAGUUGAAGAAAGUGAACAAAUAGUUCAGAUUUUUGGAAACAAAGCUGAACAAGUGGAAGAAAUUAAAAAAGAGACUGAAAAAUCACCUAAGGGGAAGGGAAGAAGGAGCAAGACAAGAGACCCCUCUUUAGAGAAUGUGAAGGUUUUGCCAGAAAGCCAAGAAGAGGGAACAAAUGAAACCCUCAUAGAAUCUGAAAGAUCAGACAUUUCUUCCUCAGACAAUAAAGAGUUUUCCACCACUACUGAAAAUGAAACAGAUCCCUGUACAAAAGAUAAGAAGCUUUUGAAAAGGAAAACGUUGGAACAGACAUCGCCUGAGAAAAAGGUACGACGAGAGUGUGAGAUGGAAGUGCCAAAUAUUGUGUCUGAGGAGAGGACCAAUGAAUGUAUUGGGAUGGAGGAAUGUAAAGACUUUCAUGAUGAAGAGUCACUCAGAACUGAAAAUGAGGAAAUGCCGUCUUUAGUAGCAGAGUCAGAUCAACAUGUUCAAGAGCUGACGAAUGAAAACUUUGAAUGUACAUCUGAGGAAAAUGAGCAUAUUCCGUUAAAAGACGAGGACGACACUAUGCCUCAGAUUGGACCUGAAACUCUACUUUGCCAUGAAGUGGACUUGGAUGACUUUGAUGAAAAGGAAAAGAGCAGUAGUGAGGAUGCAGUAGCAGAAAAGCCAGAUCCCAACUCUUUGACCUCAAAUCCAUCUGCCUUAAUCCCUGCAGUCCAGCCUAACUUCUCUGUGGCCUCGCCCCUUGGUCUAAGUCAGGAUGAAUCUCACAGUAUAAAAAGUGAAAGCGAUGUAACUAUUGAAGUGGACAGUGUGGCAGAAGAAUCUCAAGAAGGUCUCUGUGAAAGCGAGUCUGCUAAUGGAUUUGAAGCCAGUACCACUUCAAGCAAUUGUAGUAUAGCAGUACAAGACAGAGAUACUGGAGAGAAGGGUCAAAAAAGGCCAAGCGAUGGCAAUAGUGGGAUACUGGCAAAGAAACAAAAACGUACUCCAAAGCGAUCAAGUGCUGUAGCCAAAAAUGAAAAGAAUGGAACAGGACAAAGCAGUGAUAGUGAAGAUCUUCCUGUCAUGGACAGUUCAAGUAAAUGUACUCCAGUAAAACACAUAAAUGUGUCCAAACCACAGAAGCUUUCGCGAUCCCCUGCAAGAGUAAUUUCCCCUCACAUCAAAGAUGGAGAAAAGGAUAAACAUAGAGAGAAACAUCACCACAAUGCUUCCCCGAGAGUGUAUAAAUGGAGUUUCCAACUCAAUGAACUAGACAACAUGAACAGCACUGAGAGAAUCUCCUUUCUACAAGAAAAACUACAGGAAAUCCGAAAAUAUUACAUGUCCCUGAAGUCAGAAGUAGCAACAAUAGACAGAAGAAGAAAACGAUUAAAAAAGAAAGACAGAGAAGUGUCUCAUACAGGAGCAUCCAUGUCAUCUGCUUCAUCAGACACUGGGAUGAGUCCAUCAUCGUCUUCUCCUCCCCAGAAUGUGCUUGCUGUAGAAUGCAGAGAAAGGGCACUUAUCAGAUUUGAAAAGUUAUGUCCAAUGAAGCAUUCAGGUGUUCUAGGAAAUCAUAGAAAAGCAAGUGCAUCAAACAGACAUCAGAAUAUUAUCAAACAGAAUCAAGUUACUGCUGCACUUUCACCCAGCUUGUAUGCUAACCCUUGGUGAGUAGUUCCUCUUUGUGGAAGCACUUGCUAUACAGAACUGCCAAAGUAUGUGUUCAGCAAUGUGCCCAGUUUUAAAGAUGUAAAUGGGACAAAAUAAAUUGUGAAAGGAAGUGUAGUUGACUGAAAACUACAGUUGUAAUAAGUCUUCCACUUUUUAUAGGAUUUUUGAGCACACGAUUAUGCAAAUAUUUUAAUGUUUAUUAAUGUUUACAGUGGAAUUGUGAAUAAGUUUUCAGUGGACUAUCUUAUCCCUUGACAAAAAUAUUUUGUCUUUUUUCUAUGUAAUUUCAGAGUUUUUAUUUUGUUACAAAAAGACGAAAAAUGAAAUAUAUAACAACAAUGAAGUUAUUUAACAAGAUUUCUAAAGCUGAAUUUUUUUGUGUAAAAUAAGGUAUCUUGCAACUUGUUAAAUAUAUUUAUUCAGACAUUGGAUGUUGUAUUUUUAUGUAUUUUUUAAAAUAUUAAUAAAAUUGGAAAAAAAUUCUAGGUUAGUUCACUCUUUUGAAAAAACAUACCUAUCAGUUGUAGCUCUUACAGGAGGUUUUAUCCAGUAACCGUGCCUGUAUGUGCAGUGGGUCUGUCUAUUCUUCCACAAUGUAGAACUGUAAUCGGGCAUCUGGAUUAAACUAUAACCUUGUUUGGAAACUUUGGCAGUCCUAGUACUUACAUUGUUUUGAGGAACAAAUUUUAUUGGGUUGCCCUUAAGAUGCUUUGUCACAGUUUUUAUGUUUGCUAUACUGCCGAAUGAAUUUAUAUCUCCCAAAGUUGAGAUGCAACAAUAAAGUAAAGCAACUGUGUAUACUUUGUCUGUGGAUUGUCCCAUGGGCUGAUGCAGUUUGUAAAUAACUCUUCCAAAACCAUGUAUUUAAAACAGUUUGCAUAUACAUUAUGUAUAAAAGUGAUUUUUUUAUCAAUUUUUUAUUCAUGUUUGUACAUUGAAAGGGGUUUUAACCCCUCUUUCUGUGUUUAAAAUGCUGUAGAGUAAUAACAUAGAUGCUCUAGACUGUAUAUCAGGAUAUUAUGGUUCACACAGCAGAAAGUCAGAGCGAAACACUAGUGAUGGGGGUAGCAUUACUACGAUUGAUGUUUCUUGAAACUUCAUUUUACCACAUUUGUCAACUUGUGAUUCCAAUUCCUUCCAUUUUCGCAGAGAAUUAAAGAAAAAGUACUCUUGUAAAAUGCACUUUUCUGUCUUUUCUUAAACAAAGCAGAACUAUUUCAAUGUAAGAUAAAAUGGAGUUAAUUAGAGAGCAUUAAUAAAGGCCAUGUUUUAAACAUA